AUGAGAGUGGUUGAUUCCUUUCCAAGUACUCACAAUUAUUACAUACAUGAUCUAAAAUAUGAUUUCUAUGGAGAACGUAUCGCAUCUUGCUCUAGCGAUCAUCAUAUUAAAGUUUGGGAUCGAGUAGAGUCUACAACAAGUCCGAAUACUGUAAUUCCGAACAUCAUCACACCCAGUACCUCAACAGCAUCUUCAACCACACAAAAGUCUUGGAAGUGUACCUAUGAUUGGAAAGCUCACAAUGGAAGUAUUUGGAAAGUCGAGUGGGCUCAUCCAGAAUUUGGACAAGUAUUGGCAUCAUGUAGUUACGAUCAUACAGUCAGUAUUUGGGAAGAGCCUCCUGCUAACAGUGGUCCAGGAAGUGGAUUAGCUCCGAUAAUGAUUUCACAAGGAAUUAUUGGAAAUCCAUCCAAAGACGGUGUAAAUAAUCAACAACAAGUGAUUUCAAGUAAUGCUGGUGGCGGAUCACUUCAUACAAGUGCCAGCAGUGGCAAUUUACAAAAUUUACCUCGAGUUUCCUCUUCGACAAAUGUACAGCAACAAGAUGGACUCUCUGACGGAAAUAUUUCACCAUCGUCGAAUAUGGAUCCAAAUGUGGCGGUGGGCAAUGGAAAUUUAAUGACUACAUCUUCAAGCAAUUUGGCUCAACAACAACAACAACACAUUCAAACCAAUACAACUGCUGGCUCUUCUUCAAGCAGUGCAACUGGAACAGCCGGACCACUUUCAAGAAGAGCAUGGCUACUAAAAGCUACACUUGUAGACUCAACAGACGAUGUGGUGGAUAUCAAAUUUGCUCCAAAGCAUUUAGGGCUGAAACUCGCCACAUGUUCACUCUCUGGAAAAGUUCGAAUUUAUGACGCAUUUGACGUGAUGAAUCUCGCCUAUUGGAAUAUUGGACAUGAUUUUGAUGCCAAUAACGGAGGAAAAAUUCAUUGCCUUAGUUGGUGUCCUUAUCGAUUUAAGGAGCCAAUGAUGGUCAUUGGAUGUGAGGAUGGAAAACUACGAAUUUGGCACUACACUCAAAAUAGGAAAUGGCAAAGCUGGACGCCGUCAACCAUUAUUCCAAACAUUCAUAAUAUUUCACAACAAUUGGUUGGAUUUACACCUGGGACGCCUAUAAAACCAAUUUCUGUGAAUGAAGGAAAUGCAAGCCAAGUACUUGCACUGUUUGGACACGCUCAACCAGUUCAUGACGUUGCAUGGGCUCCAAACUUGGGAAGAUCGUAUGACUUGAUUGCGUCUGCUUCGAAAGAUGGCUCUGUUCGAAUUUGGAAAAUUAUUACAGAAACUAAGACAGUGGAACUCAUGGAGAUGGAUGAGACACAUAAACAUAAUUCUGAAGUUUGGAAAGUGGAGUGGAAUCUAAGCGGAACAGUCCUUGCAAGUAGUGGUGAUGAUGGUACAGUUCGUUUGUGGAAAUAUAACUUUGAGGAAAAACGAUGGAAAUGUGAAUCAGUUGUCGAAGGUGUCAAUAAAAACGAAAACUGA